UUCAAAUACGUUAAAAUACAUAAUUCAAUAAUCGCCACUAACCAUACACUUAUACAGUUAUACAACAUCUUAGCAAUUGUCCUAAACAAAAUUUGAUAUUCUUUUCUACUGUAAAAGACAAGGGAAAUUAUGUGAGAUAGCCAUGAAAAAAAAUUAAAUUUAGUAACUAGCUAAAAUCUCCCCUUCUCUCUUCAUUUCUCUGCCUAUCUCUCUACUCUCUCACUAAAAAACUAAUUUUCUUUAUUUUUUUGCUAUUUGGCAAAUAAGCCCAAAGAACAAUACACAUUCACUCUUGCAGUAAAGUUCCCAAUACACCGAAAAGUAAUCAUUUGGUGUCUUUUCUGAUCUUUACUUUUCAUUUUGAAAAUUGAACUGUUAAAUUAAACUAAAACUCCACCAAUAAAUCCCCAAAUUGGAAAAAUCUAGGGUUUCACCGAACGUGAUCGCAUCUCUACCGAGACGAUGAGCGACAUCACCGGCAUUGAUACGGCGCCGUUGAGCGAACCCAAGGGAGGAUCCGACGCCGCUCGGAUCUCGGAAGUGAAAUCAUGGCUCGCCUCACAAUUCGAAUCCGCAGGGAAACAAGUCCCUAAUUUCGACUACACUCAUCGAAGCAUCACUCAUCUCUACAACCUCGCCACCGCUUCUCAAGCCAAGUCUCAAGCCGCAACGAUCGUCGCCAACGAUUUUCGUCAAAAGGCUUCCGAGUACCGUGCUCAAGCUGCUCGGGUUCGAGAGAUAUUGGAGAGUGCGGGAAUGGCACAAGAGAGUUUACCGUCUAAUGUGGUUUCAUCAGCUCAAGUUCUUGCUAACGUGGCGAAUUUGCUGAAUAUUAGAGAUACUGAACUCAGCAGUUUCCUUGUUGCAAUGGGAGAUAUUUCUCUGAGGAAGACUGGAGUGGAGGAGAAGAGAGCUAAAGCACAGAAAGAUUCUAAUGUGCUUCUUGAUUAUACUAGGAAAGCGAUUCAGAGGCUGACCUAUUUGAAGAAAAUCCUUGCGCAGUUAGAAGAUGAUGUGGUUCCGUGUGAAUCUCAGAUGGAGAAUUGGAAAACGAAUUUGGAAGUUAUGGCAGCUAAGGAGGAACAGUAUAUACAGCAGUACAAGAAGUAUGAGAUGUUGGUCAACCGUGUUGGCUACAGUCCUAAGAUCAGCCACAGAGAGCUCGUGGAAAUGGCGGAGCACAGGAAGGAAUUGGAGAAGAUGACAAAACCUGUCGUUGAUACUCUAAGAAGCUAUCAGGACCUGCCUCCGGACAAAGCUCUGGCUGCAUUAGCAAUCGAAGACAAGAAGAGACAGUUUGCAGCCGCCGAAAAGUAUCUAGAAGAAGUAUUACAAUCUGCUCUUGAGACAAGCGAUGAGUGAUCGGUGUAAAACUGUAUAUGGGCAAAUGCAUUUUUGCUUUCUGUCCAAAUUUCCCAAAGGGGACAUCGAUAUAAAUAUGAAUACGAUGUCUCCAACGACGGCUGUUACCGAAAUUUUCUCUGGAUUUUAAUUCAAAUAUGUUCUUGAUUAUUAUGAAACAGCACUGUUUACUUUCACAUUAUCACAUCUACUCCAAACACCAAAAAUACUCUAAACAUCUAAUAAUUUUACUUGUAAAUAUUCAAAACAAACCAGUUUUUAUCUAAAUUUUAGAUUUUUUUUUUAAUUUUAGAUAUUUAGGAAUACACUAUUCAAACUUAUGGUAUUAUGAUUUUUAGAUUUAAAAAAAAAUCAGUUAAUAUAUGAAUUUUAAUUUUCAAAAGUAAUUUAUUGGUAUAUCCGAAUCCAAAAUGAUUUCACAAAUUAUGAGGAAAGCUAUACACUGUGUGAGGCAAAGGAAUAGUGUCUCCACAAUAAUAUACAUUUCCACUAGUCUCAAAUCCAAAACCAAGCUAUAAAGUCCACAGACAAUAUUUAUUUAUGAAUAGAAAAACAUAAAACAUGUACGAAAAGAGGAUAUAGACAAUAGAUUUUAUCAAGCAAUUUAUUUUAAUGGCCAUUACUCAACAAAUGUUCUUGUGUUGCCAAACACUCUCUUGCAAUUAAAUCAGCAGCUCUGAGCAGGUACUCCAAUCAGAAGAUGCAAAAAUCCAAGAGACAACAACAGCAGAGAGCAGCAAGACUGCAAAAUCAUAACAUUUGUUCACAUUCUCAAUCUGUUUUAGUAUGAUAAAACCGGAGUAACCAAAAACUUUUACAAGUAUGUAUAGUUUCAACUACUCGUAACAUUCUCAAAACCAGUAACACGCUUGCAAAUCCAUUUGCUUUAGGUAUGCAAUGUAGUAAGUAACCAGUAGAAGUUCAAUGUUUGAUGCAAGCAUGUUCAUCCUAAAGAAUGCAAUAUGAACUAUCAACAAAGAGAGUGUGUGUGUGAGAGAGAGGAUAGUAAAGUUUUUUUAUAACCACAGAAGUUUCAAGACCUUAUGUACAUAAUCUCCCAUUGACUCGAAGUUAUAUUUAGAAAUUAUAAUUUUAAAAUAAUAUUUCGUACCAGGGUAGUUAAAAGUUAAAACCCAUGAUACAGGGAAACCAACCCCAUUGCCACCAACACUUUUGUAUCAAAAGUCAGUCAACUUCUACAUAGGAAUAUUUUAGUUGUAUCACAUGACAUUUUCCCCCUAAGAGGAUGUAAUCAACGUAGACCCAUACGAAACUCACAACAAAAGUUUAAUUAUUUUUUUUUUGACUAAACACAACAAAAGUGUUAGUAACGCAAGUUUGAUUGGAUAGAGUACUUUGACUUACCAUCCUUCUAGACACCCAGUGCUGCUCUGUUUCUGCUGUUGUUGCUGCUGCUGAGGAUAUUGCGGCGCAUACGGAGGAGGAUAUCCUUGCUGAGAAUAGCCCUGCUGUGGUGGAUAUCCCUGCUGAGGGUAGCCUUGCGGCGGAUAUCCCUGAGGAGGAUAUCCUUGCGGUGGAUACGCCUCCUUUGGAUAUCCCUCAGGCGGAUAACCUGAAGAACAAAUUUAGUUUAGCGAUACAAAAAAUUCAACAUGGAGAUGUGAAGUAAACAAUAUUCAGGAAACCUUGAGGAGGAGGGACAGCAACGGGAGGUUGGUUGUACUGAUUCAUUGUUGUUUCUGAUCACAGUGCAAACCCUAGUCCACAUACUUAGAGAAGUUAUAGAGCCAUUAG